AUGGCCAGGAGAGGUAAGAAGCCGGUGGUGCGAACGCUGGAGGAUCUGACGCUUGACUCGGGUUAUGGUGGUGCGGCGGACUCUGUGCGCUCCUCCAACUUGUCUCUGUGCUGUUCUGACUCUCACCCGGCGUCCCCGUAUGGCGGGAGCUGCUGGCCGCCUCUAGCUGACUCCAUGCACAGCCGGCACAACAGCUUUGACACCGUCAACACUGCCCUGGUGGAAGACUCCGAGGGGCUGGACUGCGCCGGCCAGCACUGCUCGCGGCUGCUGCCGGACCUCGACGAGGUCCCCUGGACCCUCCAGGAACUGGAGUUGCUGCUGCUACGCUCGCGGGAUCCCCGGGCAGGCCCAGCGGCCCCCGGCAGUCUGCCCAAGGACGCACUGGCCAAGUUCUCGAUGCUGGUAAGCCGGGCUCUGGUGCGCAUCGCCAAAGAGGCGCAGCGCCUGAGCCUGCGCUUCGCCAAGUGCACCAAGUAUGAGAUCCAGAGCGCCAUGGAGAUUGUGCUGUCCUGGGGCCUGGCGGCGCACUGCACUGCUGCCGCGCUGGCCGCGCUGUCCCUCUACAACAUGAGCAGCGCAGGCGGCGACCGCUUAGGCCGUGGCAAGUCGGCGCGCUGCGGCCUCACCUUCUCCGUGGGCCGCGUGUACCGCUGGAUGGUGGACAGCCGCGUGGCGCUGCGCAUCCACGAGCAUGCGGCCAUCUACCUGACGGCCUGUAUGGAGAGCCUCUUCCGGGACAUCUACACGCGGGUGUUGGCCUCCGGGUUACCCCGUAGCUGUAGCGGCCCCUGCACUGGCUCCAGCUCAGGUUCUGGCCCAGGCCCCGGCUCAGGCCCGGGUGCUGCCCCUGCCGCGGAUAAGGAGCGCGAGACGCCUGGAGCGGCGAGCGGUGGCCCUUGCAGCGCAGCUAGCAGCGCCAGCGGGGGCAGUAGCUGUUGCGCCCCGCCAGCCACGGCGGCGGCCGUAGUCCCGCCGGCCACAGCAACAGCCCCCGCCGCGGCCUCCGCCGCUGCCAACCACCACCACCACCACCAUACGCUUCACGAAGCGCCCAAAUUCACCGUGGAGACCCUGGAGCACACGGUCAACAACGACUCGGAAAUCUGGGGGCUGCUGCAGCCCUACCAGCACCUCAUCUGUGGGAAGAACGCCAGCGGUGUACUGAGCUUACCAGAGAGCCUGAACCUGCACCGAGACCCACAGCGGCCCAGCAAGCCAGGAGAGCUACCCAUGUUCAGCCAGUCAGAGCUGAGAACCAUUGAACAGUCCCUGCUGGCCACACGCGUGGGCAGCAUCGCUGAGCUCAGUGACCUGGUGUCCCGGGCGAUGCACCACCUGCAGCCCCUCAAUGCGAAGCACCACGGCAAUGGCACGCCCCUGCACCACAAGCAGGGGGCGCUCUACUGGGAGCCGGAGGCCCUGUACACACUUUGCUACUUCAUGCACUGCCCGCAAAUGGAAUGGGAAAACCCCAACGUGGAACCGUCCAAGGUCAACCUCCAGGUGGAAAGGCCCUUCCUCGUGCUGCCCCCUCUGAUGGAGUGGAUCCGAGUGGCAGUAGCGCAUGCCGGCCACCGCCGCAGCUUUUCUAUGGACAGCGACGAUGUCCGCCAAGCGGCCCGGCUGCUGUUGCCGGGCGUGGACUGCGAGCCGCGCCAGCUCAAGGCCGACGACUGCUUUUGUGCUUCUCGGAAGCUGGACGCAGUGGCCAUUGAAGCCAAGUUCAAGCAGGACUUGGGCUUCCGGAUGCUCAACUGUGGACGGACCGACCUGGUGAAGCAGGCGGUGUCUCUGCUAGGGCCCGACGGAAUCAACACCAUGAGCGAACAGGGCAUGACCCCCUUGAUGUACGCCUGCGUCCGCGGGGACGAGGCAAUGGUGCAGAUGCUGCUGGAUGCCGGAGCUGACCUGAACGUGGAGGUUGUCAGUACUCCUCAUAAAUAUCCAUCCGUCCACCCCGAGACCCGCCAUUGGACGGCUCUGACUUUUGCUGUGUUGCAUGGACAUAUUCCUGUAGUUCAGCUCCUCCUGGAUGCUGGGGCCAAGGUGGAAGGCUCGGUGGAGCACGGUGAGGAGAACUACUCAGAAACUCCCCUACAACUCGCAGCCGCUGUUGGGAAUUUUGAGCUGGUUAGUUUGCUGUUGGAACGUGGUGCGGACCCCCUGAUAGGAACCAUGUACAGGAAUGGAAUUUCUACAACCCCCCAGGGUGACAUGAACUCUUUCAGCCAGGCCGCAGCCCAUGGACACAGGAAUGUGUUCCGCAAGCUGCUCGCUCAGCCAGAGAAGGAGAAGAACGAUAUCCUGUCCCUGGAGGAGAUUCUGGCUGAGGGGACUGACCUGCCAGAAACAGCCCCGCCCCCCUUGUGCGCCAGCCGCAACAGCAAGGCCAAACUGAGGGCCCUGAGGGAGGCCAUGUAUCACAGCGCUGAGCAUGGCUACGUGGAUGUGACAAUUGAUAUCAGGAGUAUAGGUGUCCCAUGGACUCUUCACACGUGGCUGGAGUCACUGAGGGUCGCCUUCCAGCAGCACCGCCGGCCUCUCAUUCAGUGUUUGCUCAAGGAGUUCAAGACCAUUCAAGAGGAGGAAUACACAGAGGAGCUCGUCACCCAAGGCCUGCCCCUGAUGUUUGAAAUAUUAAAAGCAAGCAAGAAUGAAGUCAUCAGCCAGCAGCUGUGUGUCAUCUUCACACACUGCUAUGGUCCCUACCCCAUUCCCAAGCUCACGGAGAUCAAGAGGAAGCAGACCUCACGCCUGGAUCCUCAUUUUCUUAACAAUAAAGAAAUGUCUGACGUGACCUUCCUGGUAGAGGGAAGACCCUUCUAUGCUCACAAAGUGCUGUUGUUCACGGCCUCUCCCAGGUUCAAGGCCCUCCUCUCCAGCAAGCCAACAAACGACAGCACCUGCAUAGAGAUUGGCUACGUGAAGUACCCCAUCUUCCAGCUGGUCAUGCAGUAUCUCUACUACGGUGGCCCAGAGUCACUUCUCAUUAAAAACAACGAGGUCAUGGAGCUUCUGUCUGCCGCUAAAUUUUUCCAGCUGGAGGCUCUGCAGCGACACUGUGAGAUUAUCUGUGCGAAAAGCAUCAAUACCGACAACUGCGUGGACAUCUACAGCCACGCCAAGUUCCUCGGGGUCACAGAGCUCUCGGCAUACUGCGAAGGCUACUUUCUUAAAAAUAUGAUGGUCCUCAUCGAAAACGAAGCGUUCAAGCAGCUCCUGUAUGACAAGAACGGUGAAGGGGCGGGCCAGGAUGUGCUUCAGGACUUACAGAGGACGUUGGCCAUUAGGAUUCAGUCUAUCCACCUAUCUUCCUCCAAGGGUUCCGUGGUGUGAGAGAGAUGCCUCCGUGUGGCAAAUGCUUCCCCGGAGCAAGAUUUCUGGUUCCCUCCUGCACUGGCUCCACAAAACACACAUACACAAAAAUUGUCCCUGGCGUCUAUUUCUGCUGGGCCAAGGAGCUGCCUCCACUGCCUCAGCUUCUCUCCAGUCAGUGAUCUUGGCUUCUGUGUGCUCCUGAGUGAAGAACCUUCCGUGAGUCUGCAGGUUAGAUUGUAGCUACGACCAGAACCUGCAAGCCGAUGCAGCAGCCAAGCCACCUCCAACGGAAAGUGCCCAAGAGCCAUGGACACCUUCUGCUGA